UUCAACCGCCAAUUUCAAACAUUUGACUUGCGAAAGGCGAAAGGCUAAAGACGGUGCGCUUGAACACAUAACUUUUUUUUGCAUCCUGCAUGGUUUAUUGCCUGCAUUCUAGUGAUCUUCGCGAUGGACGCCGAAACAGAGAGAUUGAUAGAAAGAACACGACAAAGGCGAGAACUGCUUAACCAGAAGAUGGGGAAAACCCCAGAAGCAGCCCCGCGCAAACGUCGCACACCUUUGGCAGAAGACUUCAUGGAUAAUAUCGUCAAGCAAGAGGCAUCUGAUGCCCAACAGACAUCUGAUGACUCUCCUAAACGCCAGUGUUUGAGGGAUGAAGAAAAUAGAAUCAAGCCAGAUACACCAGCCAUCCCUAGUGUGCGUUCACGUCUGCACGACCUUGCAAGUCAACGCCAUGAGUGGUCAGAUGCGCAAGAUGAAGACAAGGACCCUAUGACACCAGUACCAACACCUAGAAAAAGUCUGUCAUCGCCACCAGAAAAGACCAGAACACACGAAAAUGGUAGCACUUCACGAAAAACUAGAUUUGCCAAGCUGGCACAAAAUAUCGAUCAGUGGGAGGAUGACCUCAGCCAUCCGACUAUUGUGAAAGAAGUUGAGACAAAACCACGGUGGCAGCCACCAAAAGCAAAGACACAAACAACAGUCACCCUUGGUUCUUCAAAGAAAGGACCUGCUCCUCCACCACCAGUUGAAGCAGGUCAUUUGUCUGUUAAGUCCAGACUAGCCUCUCCCAAAACGGUACCAGCCCCUGUUCUGCCCCAAGUAAAAAGUUCAGAGUCAAAAAACUCUCCUGUGCGUUCCAACAGCAAAGUCGAAUUAAACAGUUCCCCAAGACCCUACAAACCAUAUGAACAAAAUGCCAAGGUCUCUCCUGUCAAGUCACCCGUUACUUCUAAGUCCAGUUUGAUUGGAACAAAGGUUGCUGAGCUACCCAAAGAAAAAGCAGUACAACUGCCUUUUCCUCUGCCAACAGAACAGCCACAGUCAAAAGUUGGUGAAAUGUCAAAAUCUGAAGCUACACAGUCUGGCAGGCCACUAUCUACUCGCCUUACCAAUUGGGAGCAAAAAAUAACUGAAACCAAGAAGCUGGAGACUGGAGUGAACCUUAAAGCAGGCACGAAUACCCACACAGCACAGACACCCAAGAAAAUAGCUACACCUGCUCGUACCCUAAACAGCACAUCUGAUAGACAUGAGGAAGUUCAAAUGAGACCAAAGGUUCGCAAGUCGGUGGAUGAUGAACCUACUGCUCAUUCUGUGUCAGCACGCAUGUCAGCUUGGGAACAGUUGUCAUCUGCCAAUGCUGUCAGUGAUAUCAAGAAAGUUCAACCAGGUGUCUGUACUCCCAGCAAGACUCCUCUGCCCAAGAAGUCUCCCACCAAGCAAGUAUCUGUUACCCCUGGCUAUCCAGUGGCAGGAUCCAUCACCCCCAGCAAAAACAGCUCACUUGCAAACACCAAGAGUUUCCAGGAGCGAAUCAGAGAGCGUGCAUCUGAAAUUAACCCAUCAGCUGGGGGUGAGAAAACUGGCGAGGGCUUGACUUCUGGCACCAACAGCAAACUGUCGCCAUCCAAGGCCAGCCCAGCCAUGAAGACUGUACAGCAGAGAUUGUUGGAGCAGACACAGAGUACAGAUAUGGCUCAACGACUGAGACAAGAACGCAUGGCUGAGCUACAAUCAAUCCAAAACCGCUGGAAAAAUGGACUCUUGAAAGAAGGAGAUGAUACACCUCAAACACCAUCUGAGAAGAGACAAGCCAGCAGAGAAAAGGCCAGAGCUGAUUUUGAAAACAAACUGUCCGCAAUGGGAUUUGAAGUUAAGCAGCAAGAAGAAAAUGAAAAGAAGGCCCAGUCCCAAAGCCAUCUACCUCUUAGACCACCCCCACCUCCAUCAAUGAAUACACUUCAAAGCAGCAUCACCAAGGCAGAUAAACCUCAAUGCUCUACAAGUCUCUUUGGUAUAGUUAGCAAGAAGAAAGAGACCUUUGCUAGUACUACACCUGCACCGGCUACCAAAGGGAGUCGCAAGGUCAAAUUUGAUGACAGUUUUGACAGCGAUGACAGUGAGGCCUCCAUUGCCAAGAAGCCCAAUGUGCAGUCAGUGGUGCAGGUUACUGUUGAAGUCAGUUCUCACCAUACUGAGGUGCCUGAUUCAGACAGCACAGAUGUCCUGACUGAAACAACUGAAGAUCCUGAAACCAGCGAAGGAGAGGUGGUCCUACGUCACCCCUGCCCUGCUGGCACACAGUCCCAGAAACCAAAGAGAGAAGAUGAUGAGGAUUUGAGCCUUAGUGCCUUCGUUCCAGCUUCUGUUAGGCGUCAAAGCAUUCUGCCUUCACCUCAGAGGCAAACUAGUCAAAACCUGGAUUCCAGUCUUGACAGCACAGACAGUUUUGAUGUGCCUGGUGCUGGUCCAGACAUUCACAAGAGCACGGUGGACCUUGUUCGUCUUGGCAAGCAAUAUUCACAAAGUUCUAGUAGCUUGACUAGUCAGAGUACUGCUGGUAGCACCACAGACCUAACUGAGGGUCAGUCACGCUCUGGUUAUUGCCCAGAGGACACAGAUGACUCGGCUGAUAAUCGGGAUGCCAUCGCAGACCUCCUAAAUGAGGCCAUGGAUUCAGACAAGGAAGAUAGUCCUGUGGUGCUAAGAAGACGCAGUCACCUUAAGGCAACACAAGAAGAAGAUCUACCCUUCACCCUCAGCUCUUACAGAGCAAGCAGGAACUCCCAGAUAGCUGAAGUGAAGCAAACUAUCGUGCGCAACAGUAAAUAUGCCAACAUGCAUGUGGAAGAAGAGCCAGUGGAAAUGCCAACACCCCCAGUUCCUACUGUGUCCCGUCAGAGUAUUCAUGAGAGAAUCAAGGAGUUGCAAGAACUUGUUCAGCAAGAACAGAAUGUCAUCAUGCAGACAAGCAAUGCUUUGAACCAGUGCUUCUCUAAUAGUUCCUACUUCGCUGGUUCUGCUGAACAGGUGGAAUGCAACAGACUGCUGCUGAUCGCUUGUCAGAAACGUCAGGCUUUCUUGACAGAGAUCCAACGUCUGAAAAACACUGGUUGUUUGGAUCCUGCUGGGCCUGGACCCAAAGGCUCCCUGACAAUAAGUGACAUUCGCCUGCCCUUGAAGAAGGAUUUUGUGACCAAGAUAGGAACCUCUCAAGACACAACCACAUACUACUUCAUCUUAGUGCUUCGUAAUGGGCCACAACUAAUCUGCACUCAGAUGCUGUCUACACAUGACCCCAUGAUGCGUGGUAGCCUUGAUUUUCCCAACCUUAUUAAAAUCAAUGGCAUCACAGGCAGCUUCAAGUUGAAUCUGGACAUAUACUGCAUGUCAGUAUCUCGUGAGCCUGCAGGAAAAGACAAGAAAAAGAAAACCCCCAAGAAGGGCAAAAGUGGAAGCAGCAUGACAGUUCCCAGUCCUGGCGGUCCAAUGGCAGUUCAUACAACAAGUUUCACACAAGUCACCAGUGUGCAGCUAACCAUGAAGUCUUUGGACAGAAACAGUUUUCAACUUGAACGACUUCCCUUCUUAUCACCUCUUCAUGGCACUAUAUACCUCAGCCUUAAAUGCCUGAUGGAAGCAAAUGUGGAAGAAAAGGGAUUUCUGACUAUGUUCGAAGAUGUAAGUGGACUGGGGUCCUGGCAUCGGCGGUGGUGUGUUCUAGCUGGUAAUAAACUGCAGUUCUGGAAAUACCCUGAUGAUGAGACUAGAAAGGAUCCUAUGGGAUACAUCGACUUGAAAAGAUGCAUAACAGAAAAGGUUGGUCUUAUUGCACGAGAUAUUUGUGCUCGACCACACACAUUUGAAUUGCUGACAGUGCGGCAGCCUUGCAGGGGUGAAAAAGACACACUCAUUACCAAAACCUACAGCACUAUGACAACAGUCAGAUACAUGCUGUCAGCAGACACAAAGGAGGAGCGCAUUGUGUGGUGCAACAAGAUGAAUCGGGCAUUGGCUAAUAUUCGUACAUGGCAUGCUGAUGCUUUGCGACCUGCGUCCAAGUAGAUUAAGAACUAAUGCCCCAUAAGUUUGUCUGCAAGCAAAAUGUGCAUCCAAGCUGUUGAUCAGCUCAUAAUAAGUUCAUCUGAAUAUGAAGUUAGCCUAUGUCUUCGUUAUUGUUGUACAUACUGUGUUUGCCUGCAACUGUUAACAAAGGCUUGUGUGAUGUAAAAUGGAUUAGUCUGUGAUAGAGCAACAAAGAACAGUUACCCCUGUCCUCCUGUCUUUCCUUCUAUCUAGGUUUUGAGUGGAUGCAUAUGCUGCUACAGCAAUCCUUAAGAUAUUAAUGCACCGUAUUUAGAACAAGUUGUUAGAAAAUUAAGUAUAUAAUCAUGUUUUUAUGUAAGCGUUUUGGUCUCUUCCUUGCUAAACUUAGUUUGUGUUGAAAAAUUAUAGGUUUUUAAAGAUGCUGCUAAGAAAAUCUCCACCAUGCUUUUUCAAGUAUUGUGCAAGUAAGACCACUGUAUUCUUUAACAAUGUUUUGUGUACAUUUUUAUACAAUGGACCAGCAAACAUCACAAUGUAAUUGUGAAGGUUCAUGAAAGUUUCACAGACCAGUGUUUAUGGAGGUGACCUUAUCAGGCAAAGUUAUUGUUUUCUGUCAGGAAUGAUGUAAGAUGGUUGUAAAUAUUCUUAUAUGCUUGCUGACCAAUGACUUGCAUAUCUGUCUGCCAAGUUUCCCCUCAACACAUUGCAUAUAAUGUGCUGCAGGAGGAAUGACAUGCACUUUUGUUGCAACUGGUAUUGCCAUGUCAAAGAUCAUGUGGUACCAUGUCCUUGAUCACAAAAUUAACUAAUAUUUGUGCUUCCAUCUUAAAAGGCAUGUUAUACAUAUUGUGCAGUGCUGCAGUAAUACACUUUUUAAUGACUGUUAAUAUAAAAAGCAAUUAUGUGACAUAACCUUUGUAAUAAGAAAUGCAUGGUAAUUUUUUUUGUGGUUUUCAAUAAUUAAUAUGUGGUAAGUCUAUAACAGUUACAGGUGAAAGGAACUAUUGUUGGAAAUGUAAAUCACAUCGCUGCUUUUCAUUUAUUUGAAAUAAAAAUUUAAAGUUCUCUGAACUUGUGAAGCUGUAUUUCUGCAAAUCAAGCUUCAAAUAAAUGUACCAGACUAAAUAUAUUUUUUUUUUUGUAAAUGAUUGUCAGCAUGUUUAAUAAUACAUCAAAAGAAUGCAAACCGAACAAAUGUUAGUUCUACAAGCUUCUGCUGCCUUCGCCAUAGGUGUCAUACUUUUCAUGUUCUGUAGUUUACGCUUUAUUUCUAAGCACCUAUGAACUGACACGCAGUGAUAGUCUUGGUAUAGUGUAUAAUCAAGUUAUCUAAUACUGCUAAGGCACUAUCAAUGUAUUUAUAAUGUCUACAUAAAUAACUACAGUCAAA